AUGGCCUCAUCGGAACAAGGGUCAGGCUAUUCGGUGACACCAACUCAGACCAGAGGGUUCACAGGGCGUCACAAUUCCAGGAAAAGCGAUGACCUAUCCUUCCAGCGCCCGUCUGUCAAGGAUGGCCGUUCGCUCUCCGGUGGCAGUUCCCAGUAUGGCCAGAAAUCCUUCGCCUCCUCUAUGCAGCCCGUUGGGCCUCCCGGAAGUUUCAACCCAGAGAUGAAGAGUGCAACGCAGGGAGGACGGACUACCCCUCAGGCAGAUCCAGCUGGUCUUAAUUUGUCUCGACUCCAGCCUCAAUUUAAAGAUGCCGACGCCGCUAGUAUAUCUGAGCAGCGACAAGCUGCGGUACGGGAUAAGAUAGCCAAGGAGAUGAAGAUCAAACUGGGAACAGAAAACAUGUUGGAAGCUUUACUAAGCAAGAACAACAAGCAAACCAAAGAACAACGUCAAAGAGUCGAGAUAGAAUUAGGGACUUCAAAUCGAAAGCUCGCUGAAUUGAAACAAGAGCUCGACCAGGAAAUCCUUAGGGCCCAGACCCCGACAACACCGCCGGGCAACAGGCUCUCAAGCUACUUCAGGGGAAGCCCUCUCAAAUCACCUCCCCGAAACACAGAUCUGGAAAAUGACCCUGCAGAUUCUGUCGACAGUGAAUCCCCUACCGUGGUCUUGACCGAAACUCUCCAGCAACUGGAGACUGAUGGCAUGCAACCAGACUACUACAUUGAGCGCGCGAAUGCUCUGGUGGAGCUACUGAAGCGCAAUCCCACCUUGAAAUAUGACCUUGCCUGGUCAGUUUUCAGUUUGAGAGUUCAAUUGAUGCUCUUGAGUGAAAGCUCGGAUGUUGUUGCGGCUGGAUAUAGAUUGACUAGGCAUGCAAUCGCAGACAGAAAGUCAUUACAGACCAUCCGAACGCUGCACACAGAUGAGUUGGUCAUCCUAUCUCUAGUCAAAAAAGAGAAGGCUGUACUCGAACGUGAGCAGGCGGUCAAAUUUGUCAGGGCCUUCUUAGAUGUCAAGGAUGGAGUUCGGGAAAUCUCUAGGGCUGUGGUACGCAGCCUGGUUGCUGUUGCUGAGACCUACGACGAUAGACUGAAGGAUAUCUGCCUGCUUACACUUGCGGAGAUACUGGCAAAACACACCGAGCUCCUUGUUGCUGCUGACGGCAUGAGCACUCUGACCGAUGCUUUGGCCGACGGUACUUUUCCCGCUCCUGAAGGUCUGGUGGCAAGCUUUCUUCACAUUCUUGAUCAUCCUCAACAAAGGCGAUACCUGCACACAGGGCAUGAAUUUGAAGCCAUGUUUGCUCCGUUCACUGAUCCGCUCCUACUCAACGGCAAUGAGGAGAAACUUAAAACGUGCGCUCAAGCUAUUUCGGCCAUGCUUAAGACUUGGCCCGGGUUUCUUCUGUUGGCUAUGAACGGUGCCGCAUCAUUGCGAUCAUUGAUUGAUUCAUUGGUUUAUCCGAUCACACAGUCCAGAGAUACGGUUGUGGAACUAUUCUUUGAUAUCCUACGCAUAAAACCUCCAUCGUGGUCCAGUUCUUUUCUCGCUGGUCGAAGGCUAACCACCUAUGGACGGGUAAAUGCAUUGCCUACUGAACAUCCCUCUCAACGUCAGCUUGCUGAGUACAACGCUGAUGGUAGGUUUGACUUAACGUAUCACUUCUCUGCUCUGGUCCUGGCGGCCUUGAUUAAAGCGGGUUUGAUACCUGCACUCGUUGAACUUAUCAAGGUUGAAGAGGACUUAACCUUGAAGAGGAAAACAACUUUACUUCUCACAGAAGUGUUGAAACUGGCACACCACGCGCUACCCGAGACGAUCAGCGCAAAUAUUCAGGUCUUAGGCGGCCUUGUGUCCAGAGUUGAAGAUUUUGGCUCUGAAGAGUCCUCAGUCAAUACGAGCAUGAUAUACCAGAUCGAAAGCAUCAAUCGAACUCUAAACCGGACUACCACUUCAAACACAUUCGGACGAACCCUACCGACAGACGAACUUGCAGUUGGCCCGCAAGCAAUCGAAAGAUCAAAAUACACUGUUCUGAUGGAUGCGGAGCAAUUUCGACAGGCCAUGAUUGACAGCCAAGUUACCAAUCACUCCCAAUAUGUCAAGUGGAAGUGGGAUAUUAUUCAUGGUCUGGUGGAAGGCCCACUGUUGAAUCCAAAGAGGCUGGAGGAAGCAAUCAAGUCACCAAAAUUUCUGAAAAGGCUCGUUGGUUUCUUUCGACCAUUCAAGUACAGAUUUUCCAUGAUACGCAGCACCAGGCCGAAUCAGCGGUAUGUGCGCACUGGAUGCGCGUUGAUGCGAACUCUGACUCAAACUGCUACUGGUAUCCAAUACCUUGCGGAGAAUAAGCUUCUCCGGCAAAUUGGGGAGUGUCUUGCACAAAUUGACCCUCACAGCGGUAUCACAUCUGCUACUCCGUUGUUUGACCGCCACCAAAUGGCUGAGACACUCAGCGGGGGCUACUUUGCUAUGCUUGGAGCACUUAGUCAUAGUCCAGAAGGGAUGAGGCUAAUGGAACAGUGGCACAUGAUGGACAUGUUUUACCAUCUUGUGGAGUUGAAGAAUCGCGAUGAUCUCAUCAAGGCUCUUCUUGGAAAUAUGGACUUCACAUUAGAUUCACAUCUACGCGUGGUUCUCUCUAAAGCACUCACCUCGGGAGUUAAAGAUAUCCGGCUCUUCUCUACUAAACUACUACGACGAUACGCAGUAGGUAGAGUGCAAUACUCCUCCGGACUGCAGGACCCCUCAAGCUCCCAUUGGGCCUUACGCCUUGUAUUGACACAACUGUAUGAUCCAGAUGUCGAAGUGUGCGAGGUUGCUGUCAAGAUCCUCGAGGAAGCCUGCAAUCAACGCAGCCAUCUCGAAUAUGUGGUCAAAUGCCGGCCAUCUCUGGAUCAUCUGGGAGAAAUCGGAGCACCACUUCUGCUACGGUUUCUGGCUACGUCAGUCGGAUAUCGGUAUCUGAGUGGCUUAGACUACAUCACGCAGGAAAUGGACGACUGGUUUCUUGGACGAAAUGAUUCGUAUGUAGCAUUGGUGGAAGCCUCAAUAUUACGUGCCUACAUGGAUGGCAGCAUCAGCAAAGCAAGCUUUAAUGAAGAUCCCGCAGUAGACCUGCACGAGAUUGGGAUCGCCCCCCCACAUUUCUACCGCGAACUCGCACGGACGGAAGAAGGGUGCAAGCUGUUGAAGCAAUCUGGCCAUUUCUAUGAAUUUUCGUCAACUAUUCGGGAUUUUCAUGUGGAUGAAGAAGAUCCGGAGAUCUUGACCAAGGUCAAAGGCUGUAUGUGGGCAGUUGGCAACAUUGGGUCCAUGGACCUGGGUGCACCGUUCCUCGAGGAGGCAGAGGUGGUUACUGCCAUUGUUCGAAUCGCCGAGCAGGCAGAGGUUAUGUCAAUGCGCGGGACAGCAUGUUUUGUGUUGGGGUUGAUCUCCCGAACACUACAUGGGUUUGAAAUGCUCGCAGAGAACGGAUGGGAGACGACGGUCGAUCCCCGCGGCAGAUCACUUGGCUUAUGUAUACCUCGCAAUUUGGAGGCUUUGUGUCUGAAAUCUGUUGGAUCAGCCACUCAUGCCCGGGUGCCAAAUCCUGAAGAAGAGGCUACUUAUAAAACCGUAACCACAGAUAAAGACCCCGUCAAGGCCAAAAUCCUGAAGCUUGUUGUAGAGAUGGGCAAUUCAGUCAUGUAUAAAAAAGCCACCGGUGAGCUUCACACAAUCAAGGUCAAGCAGCCCACACAUUUUUCGGACACCGAACUAUUUCGAAAGUCGCUCAUGAUUCUGGAAAGUCACCACUACCGUCAACAGGCGAGACACAAGAUUCUAAACCUUUUUAAUCCCAACGUGAUGAGGAAAAUAGUACUGGACGAAGAAAUGGGAGAAUCGACCGGAUCAGACACGGGGUAG